AUGGGUGCGCGCUUCGUAGUCGAGGACGGUAGGGGUAGAAUACGUCUUAUGUCAAGCUCUGCUACUGGGGGCCAGCUCGCUAUUGAUGGAGCCAGGUCUGCCGGAGUCCCUGACACCCUUCGAGGGGAUGAGGCACUGAUAAGCCUUCGCAACCUCAUUCGAACGCAGUUUGGUGGCACAUACGGCCUAAAUUGGGUAGCUGUUGGUGAGGUAGAUCCCAUGCAUGAUGGGCUUCCUUUCACGCUAGUUGGUUUCUUUUAUGAAGGUCCCAAUGGAAAUCCCCCCUUAAAGGAGGUUGGCCUCUCGCGAUCGGCCCUCAAAAAGAUUAUCUCGGCACAAGAAGCCGAUAGACUCAUUUCAGAAGUUUUGACUUGUGAUUCUAAUGUUGCUUUGAAAGAUGCUAUUUCAGGCUUGUCUGGCCUAAGUUUAAAGUCUGGCGAAAAUUCUUCGCAGCUUCCUGAAUUUGGACUUCCCACAACUCCACAACCAUCUCUUCUUGGAUACAACCAGCAGACUGCGCAAAAGUCUCUCUAUGGGUCUAACCGGCAACCUCAGAUGCAGCAACCUGCCCAAGGAUCUCUCUUCGGAUCUAACCAGCACCCCGCCCAGCAGACCGCGCAAAAUUCUCUCUUUGGGUCUUACCAGCAACCCCAGACUCAACAGGGUCACAACCAGCAGAUGGGUUCCCAGCGCCUAGGUAACCAGAGAGAAGACCAAGAAGAGGAACUGUAG